AAUCAAUCAAUGCAACAACCAACGAUAUUCAACUGUGUGUGUGUUGGGUUCACGCAAGGUGAAGCAGAGCUCAGCGAUUUGGACAGCAUAACGUCUUGAUACACGGGUGAGCUAUGCCAACAGAGACCAGCCGCCUGCCCCGUGCCUGCCCCUACACCACCCAGGCCCAGCCUGGUCAGGUCUUCCAGAGCGGGGAUGAGGGGUCAGUCCAAAUGGACGGAGCGGAGGGCGGCAUGGAUAGGAAUUGGAUUCGCCCGGAUCUGCCCAGCAGAUGCACCUGGCGGCCGGGUCUGUCACCUUCGGAGUCUCCGCACAGCUGCCCUGAAAGGGAAAAAUCCCCCAAAAUCCUUCCUGACAUCCUGAGGAGCAUCGGAGACACUCCCAUGGUCCGCAUGAACAAGAUCUCCAAGACGUACGGACUCAAGUGCGAGCUCUUGGGGAAGUGUGAGUUCUUUAAUGCCGGGGGCAGUGUGAAGGACAGGAUCAGUCUGCGCAUGGUGGAGGAUGCUGAGAGAGCCGGGAUGCUGAAACCCGGAGACACCAUCAUUGAGCCCACAUCCGGGAACACCGGGAUUGGCCUGGCCCUGGCAGCAGCUGUGAAGGGCUAUCACUGCAUCAUUGUCAUGCCAGAGAAGAUGAGCAUGGAAAAGGUGGACGUGCUGCGUGCUCUGGGGGCCGAGAUCGUCCGCACACCCACCAGCGCCCGCUUCGACUCCCCCGAGUCACACGUGGGCGUGGCCUGGAGGCUGAAGAACGAGAUCCCCAACUCUCACAUCCUGGACCAGUACCGCAAUCCCAGCAACCCCCUGGCCCACUACGACACCACGGCCGAGGAGAUCCUGGAGCAGUGUGAUGGUAAAGUGGACAUGCUUGUGGCCGGAGCUGGCACAGGUGGCACCAUUAGCGGCAUCGCCCGCAAGCUCAAGGAGAGGUGCCCAAAUGUCAAGAUUGUGGGGGUGGACCCCGAGGGCUCGAUUCUGGCAGAACCAGAUGAACUGAACCGGACCGAUAAGACCGCGUAUGAAGUUGAAGGCAUCGGGUACGACUUCAUCCCAACCGUGCUGGACAGAUCUAUGGUGGACCGGUGGUACAAGUCUAGUGACGAGGAGACCUUCGCCAUGGCACGCAUGCUAAUCCGGGACGAGGGGCUUCUGUGUGGUGGCAGCUCGGGCACUGCCAUGGCUGGUGCUGUGAAGGCUGCAAAGGACCUGAGGGAGGGGCAGCGCUGUGUGGUCAUCCUGCCCGACUCCAUCCGCAACUACAUGUCCAAGUUCCUUAGUGACAAGUGGAUGUUCGAAAAGGGGUUCCUGAGGGAGGAGGACAUCAUGGUUUCCAAACCCUGGUGGUGGAACCAGAAGCUGCAGAGUCUGAACCUGUCGGCCCCUCUCACCGUGCUGCCCACGGUGUCCUGCCAGAACACCAUCCGGAUCCUGAAGGACAAGGCCUUCGACCAGGCUCCCGUUGUCGACGAGUCAGGGCAGAUUUUGGGCAUGGUGACUCUGGGUAAUAUGCUCUCCUCUGUGCUGGCUGGUAAGGUGAAGCCGUCGGACCCUGUCAGCAAGGUCCUGUACAAGCAGUUUAAGCAGGUCCGUCUUACUGACAACCUGGGGAAACUGUCUCGUAUCUUGGAGACCGACCACUUCGCCCUGGUGGUGCAUGAACAGAUUCAAUACCUGACCGAUGGCUCUCCCUGCUUACGGCAGAUGGUUUUUGGGGUGGUGACCGCGAUGGACCUGCUGAACCGCGUCACUGGGAGGCGGAAGGGAACGGUGUCUCUGUCAGAGCACCCCGAUGAGAUGUAGUCCAUGGAUUGUCCCAUAGCUCAGAUGCAUCCAGAUGGGCCGCACUGAUGCCACAAAGGGGCUUGUGUUGAUCUUAUGGGAUUACUGAUCUCAAGGUUGAUUUGGGAUUUGAAAAAUUAACUGUGAUCCCUCACAUAUCUGAUACUCCUAAAUCAUUCAGCAGUUUAUACUAUUCAUCAUCAUUCAGUCAACAUUUACAGAAAAUAAUUGAAACUAUUUUUAACAAGAAUGUAUAAUUGUAGACAAUGCCAUUCAGUGUGGGACUGUGGAAACAAGGCCAAGCAAGUGUACCUAGAAGAAUUGAUGCUGGUUUGAAGGCAAAGGGUGGUCACACCAAAUAUUGAUUUGAUUUAGAUCUUCUGUUCACUCAAUUUGCAUUUUGUUGAUUGAUAAAAAUAAACUAUUAACAUUUCUAUUUUUGAA